AUGGCGGAGAUAGAGGAAGAUGGAAUGGGUUAGACGGAGGAAGCGAGAGGAAUUGUCAUUCGGUGGAAUUGCAAUUUCUCGCUGACGCGUGCUGUGCAACCUCCGGCGCGAGGAGUAAAAGCGGACUAAUGAUGCACACUAGACUUAAUGCUCCGUUCCUGUUCUCAUUUCCCACAAAGGUGCGAGCUGCCUGCGGAAUGUCAGCCUAGAAGUAGUUCCUGAGGUGGUGCAACGUGGUCAGAAGGUGAUUCUCCGCUGCCAUUACGAUCUCGAGAAGGCUCCUCUUUACUCCCUCAAGUGGUACCGUGGCAGGCACGAGUUCUACCGCUACACGCCCAGCGAGGAGCCGGCCACAAAAGUCUUCAACAUCACCGUAGACGAUAUGUUUCGUAAAGUACUUCCCUCGAGCGUGCCGGAAAAAUCAACACCGGUAAUGGACGAUUCGUGUAGCAGUUUACAAAUAUGUAAAAUUCGAAGAAAAUCAUUUUAUGGCCAUCGUUUUAUGGUAGAAAUCAUUUCAUGUUGAUUGAAAGAAAAAGAAAAAAAAAAUGAGAGACUUCUGUAAUCAAUAUGAGCAGAAAAGUAUUUGUUGUAAUGAUAAUUGUAAUAUUAAUAAAGUAAAGAAAUGCUCUAUGAUAAUCUGUGUUAAUUAGUCAAAAUUUUAUUGUUUAGUUAGAAUCAAGACUCUGA